AACGCACGCACAGGCACAGCAACAGCAGGCGCGGAUGGACGCGCACCGCGGGGGCCGGCCGAUUGGCACCGGCCCAGCCGGAGCCGGGUGGGGAUCGACAGCGCCUGUCCAGUCAGCACCGCCCGGGCGCGCGGGCCCCAUCUGCCGCCCCGCUGCUUCAGCACGCCACCAGCUCGCUCCCUAGCGAGCGAGCGACCUGCAGCGCAGCCAGAAGCCCAGAGCUCGUCGAUCGCUCAGCUCGCUUUCCGGCCAGCCGCCGCUCUAUAAGUAGAAGCAGAGGCGAUUCAUAAUUGGUGGGCUGGUCUGGUGGUGUCUGUUGGGCGGCGGAUCGGAGGACGACGAGGAGGGGAACGAACAAGAGCCAGAGCGAGCGUGAGGGUCAGGAGGCCGCCGCCGCAGCAGUAGCAGCAUGCAGCGUGGGGAUCCGCUGGUGGUGGGGCGGGUGAUCGGCGACGUGGUGGACCCCUUCGUGCGCCGGGUGCCGCUGCGCGUUGCCUACACCGCGCGGGAGAUCUCCAACGGCUGCGAGCUCCGGCCCUCCGCCGUCGCCGAGCAGCCGCGCGUCGAGGUCGGCGGCCCCGACAUGCGCACCUUCUACACCCUGGUUAUGGUGGAUCCGGACGCGCCAAGCCCCAGCGAUCCCAACCUCAGGGAGUACUUGCACUGGCUGGUCACUGAUAUCCCGGCGACGACAGGAGUUUCUUUUGGGACUGAGAUUGUGUGCUACGAGAGCCCACGGCCGGUGCUCGGAAUCCACCGCCUGGUGUUUCUGCUCUUCCAACAGCUCGGCCGGCAGACGGUGUACGCCCCAGGGUGGCGGCAGAACUUCAGCACCCGCGACUUCGCCGAGCUCUACAACCUCGGCCUGCCGGUCGCCGCCGUCUACUUCAAUUGCCAAAGGGAGUCAGGAACUGGUGGCAGGAGAAUGUGAAUUCGUACGAUACUCUCGCCGUCGCCGGGGGUGAAAUAAGAUUGAUGAUGAUUGAUUGGCCGGGUAUAUUAUAUACAGAUCGAACUGAGACACAUGGAGAAAAAGAACUGCGAGAUGGACUAUAUAUAUAUAUAUAUAUAUAUAUAUAUAUAUAUAUAUAUAUAUAUAUCCUAAUUAGUUGAUCAAUAUGGUAGCCAUCCUUUACAUCUGGGAGGAGUAUAUAUAUUCGAUUACUUCUGGCAGAUUGGCAUAGUUAAUUAAUAAGACUAUAAAGCAAGCGAAAAUGACUAGCCUGAUGAGUCAACAUGACUACUGUCUCUCCCUCGUGAAAGAAGAUGUAUGUCUCAUGCUACUGUUAUUUAGAUCAUCAGUUGAAUUGCAGAUUCUUCUUUUUUU